GACAGUAAGAGACGCGCCGCGGAGCGCUGCGCAUGCGCCAUAAACCGGCGCCAAAUUGCAUAUAUUUAAAACAAAACUUUAUUUCAUUUGCCGUUUUGUGAUAUUAUUAAUAGUGCCACAGUACUUAGUACCUUUUUUAGUCGUCAAUCUAGUUUUUUUUUUCUGUGAGCGCGGACCGGUCACAAUUCUUCGCCUUGUUUAUGCACAUCAGCUGGCGGAAAUAUUAUCAGUAAAAAGUAGAUAUGGAACAAGCAAUUACAAAAAGCGCAAAUUGGAAUGAUGGAGAUUUAUUGGACUCAACAGCUGAUCCAAACAUAUCAAUAUCGACGAUGCAAGAAGAGGUUCCAGCUUUAACAGCGGCUGCAAUAUUAGGCGUGACCGUGGUCGUCAUUAUCGCCAUAGCAGUCGUUUUUAUCUUGGGAGUACUUAUCGACUGCCGGCAGCAGUAAGUUAGAAGCCUACAUUUUUUGAUGGCGUCCUCAUCACUGUCGUCGUCAUCGACAUCUACUAGUAAAAGUCCGCUGGACUUGGCUGACUAGCCUUAAUAUUUGUAGAUUGUCGAUGGCAGUAACAGACUUCUCGCAUCUUUGAUGCUGCUCUCGGUCACCGGUCCGGAAAAAGUUAUACCGCCAUCUUUCUAAAAUUUUGAACUCUUUCUUUUACACAUGAAAAGCCCAUGUUCCUGCGACAUACUAUUAGUGACUUUUUUAAUUUUAACUAGUAAAGUACGUUUGUUUUGUAUGAUUGACGAGAACUAUAAAUUUAUAUUUUUUUUUAUAGGAGAGAUUAUCGAGAACUAUAGACUUACAUAUUUUUUUAAAGGCGAGGGGGCAAACGAGCAUAUAGGUCAGCUGAUGGUAAGUGAUUACUGCCGUCCAUGAACAACUGAAACACCAGGAGAAUUGCAGAUGCGUCGCCGGCCUUUUAAAAAAGAGUACGCUCAUUUCUUGAAAGUGCCUAAGUCGUAUCGGUCCGGAAAAAUAUCUGGUGGUAGUCGAUUCGAAGAACUUUCUUUAAAAUUUUUAGUAGCGUUUGUUUAUGACUAACUAAAGUUAAGGGUUUCUUAAUGUAGUUAAAUUAAAUAGAAUAUUAUAUUUCAAAGAGUAGCCAAAUUUUAAACUUAAGUUCAAAUAUAUAAAUAACGAUAUACCUUUAUUGCAGUUUUUGCAAAUACGAGUAAAUAAGGCUUCUACUUUUAUUUAAAAUUAUCCCAAAUUGAAUGUGAUUUGUGGGCAACAACGUUUUUGGCUAUCGAUUGACCCUAACGAAUGUGUGAGUGUGCAGUAAAAUUAGUUAAAAUAAUCUAAUACCACACAUUUUGAAUUUAAAAGAUAAAAAGGACACAGAUGUUUGUGAUUUUUUUAAAACAAUUUAUGUAUGCCGAAUUACGAAGUUUCGAGUUUAAAGAGAUGGAAGGAAUACUUUGAAAGCCAGUUUAUAAGUGAAGAGCCGUCUGAAUUAAGUGAAAUAGUAGUUCCGAAAGAAGUAGAGAGAGGUAGGGAGUUAAGUGUAGAUGAAAUAAUGAAAGCAAUGAAAAGCAUGAAAGUAGGUUAGGCUGCCGGCUAUGAUAGCGUAUCACUCGAAAUGCUAAGGGCUAGAGAGGGAGUGGCGGCAGGCCUGCUGUACACCUUGUUUAAUUUAUGUUAGAAACUGAACCCGCUACCGGAAGACUGGUGCAAAGCCGUUAUAGUCCCAAUAUAUAAGGGAAAAGGGUCACAGCAGGACUGUAAAAAGUACCGUGUGCUAAGGUGUUAAUUGAAAGAGCUAUGGAAGAAACAGAUGGAAAAAUUUGGGAUGUGCAAGCUGGAUUUAGAAAGGCAAUGGGGUGUAUGGAUCAAGUCUUUUCCAUGCGCAUGAUUGCGGAGACGUUUUUGGCCAAAAACCAGAAAGUUUUUUGUGCGUUAAUGGACUUGGAAAAGGCUUACGACAGAGUGAACAGGAAUGUGUUAUGGCAAACAUUGAACUCAUUUGGGUUGAGUGCUGGUUUGAUACAGGCAUUAAGGUCUCUUUAUAGGGACUCUAGUGCUUGUGUCAGGAUUAACGGGGUCUACUUGGACUGGAUUGGCAUCUGAAAAGGUGUCAGACAGGGCUGUGUGGCUUCCCCGUGGCUGUUUAACCUAUUUAUGGACAGUUGUUUGGAACCUUUGAAAGUUGAAGAAUGUGGGUUGAGAAUGGGUGCGUUAACCGUCAAAUGCCUUUUAUACACACCGAUGAUCAAGUCAUAUUUGCAUCGUCGGCAGCAGAGUUGCAAAUGAUGGCUACAAUAAUGAACUGGUCAUUAAAAGAAAGGGGUAUGAAAGUGAACGUAAGUAUGAAAGUAAGACGAAAGAUGGUUUUUGAAAGAGAAGAAAGUAAAACGUUAUGUAAAAUAAGAAUAGAAGAGGAGUUGAUUAAGCAAGUGGAUGACUUUGUAUAUUUGUGAUGUGUAUUUAGCAGGGAUGGUAGAUAUGAUAAGGAUAUAGAACGACGAGUGAACGCAGGAAAUAGAGUGAAUGGGGCUUUAUACGCUAUUAUGAAAAGAAGAAGCACGAGAGUAAGAUAAUGCUGUAGAAAUGCCGUCAUUAAGGAGUAUGCUAGGGCUGAAUUUGAACGACAGGGUGGGAAAUUAUGUGAUAAGAGAAAAAAUGUGGUUUGCAACAUGACGUUGUGACAAGGAUUAAGAAAGGAAUGCUUCGGUGAUUUGAUCAUGUAAAAGGAAUGAACAAAGAAAGGGUGACAAAGCAAAUUUAUUUUACAGAAGUGAAAAGCAGAGUCGGGAAGGAACGCCCUAGACGAAGGUUUAUCGACCAAAUCGGCAAUAUAUUGAAAAUGGGCCAGAUUAGGAGUACCCUUAACCGAUGAGCGUGUAUGUGUAGGUAUACUUAUAUGGAUGAAAAGGAGGCGAGAAAGGUGUGUCAGGAUCGUGCCAAAUGGAAGUCCGUAGUCUCGUGAGUGUUUAUGUUUAAAAAAACGUUUACUAAUCAAUUUAUAAUUUCAGGAGGAUACUAGAGAAAAAGAUCGGCGAGGUUAGAAGAAAGAAGAAUCUCCGAAGGGUUAAGACACAUCCACAAAAUGAUGUUGUCGGCAUCGUAAACUGUAUGGAAGAUACAGGUCUAAGCGUCCCUCCGGUAGAGAUCUUACGAGAUAUACCAUAGCUUAGACAUUUUAUAUUUAUAGAACGACCGUGUAAAUUCACAUCACAAAACAUUUUAUAUAAAUACAUUUUCGUUAAGGAUUUCAAAUGAUCUGUUUAAAAAUAUUAUCGGUACAAAUUGAAAUGAUGUGUUAAAAACUAUUUAUGUGUCAUAAAAUAAUACAGUAAAUCUGUUAUUGGCUUUGAUCACGUACAUUUACAUAUUGAAAAAAAAAACAAGCCUGUAUGUGUAAGAAAAUAUUUAAUUAUUUACUCUUAAACAUUUGCUGAUAUGUAUAUCAAAUGUCGCAUUAUUUGAUUGUUGGCAAAAUCUGAUUUAACUGAUUUUAAUAGAGAAAGCCUUCGUAAAAUAGUCAUAUAAUUUAUAAUAAAUAGACUGUUUUGUUUUGUAUAAUUUGGUAAAUGUUUUAGAAUUAAGCAAUCCUGGAAAUGAUCGUAAUUAUUAGUUCUGUAAAUUUUAUACUUAACGUUUUAAUAUUAAUUUAUUAAAUAUACAAAUUUAUAUGUAGAUAUAUAAUUAUAUAAUAUGGAAUAAAAUAUAUGUUAUGGUUUUCC